AUGCAAGGCAGCGCCACCAGCUACACCCCGCAGCCAUCCUGGGACCCACAGCAGCCGCAGCCGCAGCGGCUACAGCCGUCCAAAGACGCUGCCUACGAUAUCGCCUCGUCCAUCGUACCUGAGGGCCAGCCGUCCCAGGAAGCCAGUGCUGCUGCCGUCAUUGCUACUGCCGCCGCGGUCGACACUGCCGCAGGGCCGGGCGCCGAGGGAGGCAAGACUGGGGCCGGUGACAGCAGCGGCAGUGGCGGGGAAGGUGGUGGGCGGCCCCAGCCUUGGCCGGUCAAGAUGUUGCUGCAGGCGCAGCAGAUGGAACAGCUGGGCAAGCAGCAGGGACGGACGGAGGGUGAAGGGGAGGGGGAGGGGGGCCAGCUGCAACAGCUGCUCAGUCUCCAAGACGGUGAGGAGGAGGAGGAGGAGAGGGGGGAGGAAGAGGUUGGCGGAGGGGAGAAGCAGGCAGAGCCGCAGCGGCCGCAGGAGCCGGGUGGCUUGAUGCAGCCGCUGACGCAGGCACUAGGCAUUCCGCAGCAUCAGCAGCAGCAGGAAGAGCUGCGAGAACAAAGACAACAUCUCAGGCAACAACAGCAGGAACAACAACAACAACAACAACAGCAGCAACAGCAUCAUGAAAGGCAGCAAACACGGCCGAAACAGAAGCGACAGGGACAGGCAGACACACGGACUGAAGACGCGGUGGAUAAGGUGUUGAGCAAAGGGAGGCAUGCCAGGAGUACGAUAUCGGGGCCCGUGGUUUCGGAGCCCUGUCGUACCGUGGCAGCGCAUCCGGACGGUACUCUGUGGAGCCACCGCACGGGGGACGUUGGGCCUCUGACUACCCGGGUGCUGCAACAGCUACUGCUACUGCCAUACCAGGGGGAGGGUGCAGGUAGCGGCGCGGCGGCGGCGCCUCCGCCGCCGGGGGGAGCUGUAGCAACGGCUCUCGCCACCGAGGGCGACAGCGACAGCUGCAGCGACGUCGACGCCGCCUAUCGCGGACCGCCGUGCCACGUGCUGGUGGCGGGGUCGUACCAGGCGUACACGGCCUUGCGAGCCCUGUCGUACGCGCAGGGCGCAAUUCGGCUAGCAUCGUACAACGUGGCGGCCAGUAGUCCGUGGUCCUCGUCCGUGGAAUCCUCCCUGCAGCCCAACCGGGGCUGGGGCCCGGGUGCCGCCGCUGCUACCGCGGGGUCCGCCGUGUGCUUCACAGCCCACGAGGUCUCCGAACAGGAGCUGCGUUUGUACUACGGUCAAACUGUACAAUAUGGCACAGGGCGGCGUCCGGAGCUGGGCCUGCCACCAUCGCUGUCGCCAUCUCUUCCACCGUUGCGGCCGCAGUCGAAGGGCAAGGACAGCCUGUCUGGAGGGUUCGCGGCAGCUGGUGACGUCGUCUGUCCGGCGGAGGCGCCUGUCGCUGGCGGCGGUGCGGGGCUCGUUCGUGCAGCACCGCGUGCUGCGGGGCCUCGGCAGUGGAAGGCGCCGUUGGCGGCGGCCGCUGCGCUGGCGGAAGGAAUGGGGCCACGACGGAGCGCAGACGGCGGCACAGACGGCGGCGUGGACCCAAGUAACUCGGUGUCAUCGCAGUCGUUGCUGCCGCCGCCGCAGCAGCAGCAGCAGCAGCGGUUGAAGGGGUGGCCCGAGCACACGGCGCAUCUUAAUCCGCGAGCACUGGUGUCCGUAUUCCUAGUCCAGCCACCGCUGGGGUUGUUGUACAGAUCCGGUACGGCUAACGCCGUACCGGCGGCUGCGGGUGGCGGCGGUGGCCGCCGCCACCUGCCGCCCCUAGCUAUCGGCGCCACCGCCGAUGCACAUGGCCUAGGGCGGUUGCUGGCGGACCGGCUCCGGAACCACGGCUACUGCCGUAUGCAAGCGCUUGGCCGAAACGCUUCGAGCCGCGCCCUGGCGAUUUUGUCUGUAGCCUCCGGGGCCUUAUCCCCGACUGGACUGGGUGUCCUGGCUUUUCCGUACAUGAGCGCCCUGGGACCGCAGCCGCGUGCAGACCUGCCGCCGCCGGUGGCGGCGGCGGCGGCGGCGGUGGCGGUGGCGAGCCGCCCGGCGGGAAGGAGGUCUCGCGACACAGGACGGCCGCCGCCGCUACCGGGCCCAAGGGCCACUCCUGCUGCUACUGCCCCCGGCGGAGCUGCACCUGGUACGGCAGUGUCGGCGGCGGUUGCUGCGGGGUUCUUGGACCCCGUUCUGCUGGAUAAGGCCCCGCAGCUGAUACUGGAGGUGGUGCUGUGCGAGUGGGACGACAGCGGCAGGCCAGUGUUUUUGGAGCAGGCCACCCCCGCCAUGCCCACGGCGGCACCGGGGCCCGCCGUCGCCGUCGCCGUCGCCUCUGCCUCCGCCACCCUAGGAAACCCCCCAAGGCAAGAGAGCAAGCCCUGUGGGGCCAGUUGCUGCACGGCAGAGCUCGUGCCGGAAGCGCCGGCUGAUGGCGCCACCGCUGCAGCGGGAGAUCCGCAGCGCCCGCGCACUGCUAUUGCUGCUGCUACUGCUGCUGCCACCCAGCGCAUUGAACGCAGCGGCAGUAGCGGUAGUAGCGGCGGCGGCCAUGGGCCCCCGCCGGUUCGCUUAGCGGUGGUGCCGCAGCAGCGGAGUGAUGCUACCGGUGCUACUGCUGCCGCUACCGCUUCAGCGGCAGCAACCGGUGGCGGCGGCGGCACUCGUCUAGAGCUACAGCUGGGGCCCCCUGACGGCCCCGACACUCGUACAGCUUCCGAGGCUGUAGCCCGCGCAGUCACGGAGGGCCAUCCGGUGGCCCUCGCAGCGCGGAGUCUGGGUGCUGUGCUGCGGCUGCCAGUGGUGGUCUUCCGGGCGCAAGGGGCGCUGAGGAAGCUGGAGCGGCCCAAGCGGGGAGCGCUGGUGUUUACGCUGCAGCGGAGGUCCCAGUCCCAGUCCCAGUCCCAGUCCGAGCCACACCAGCUAGCGGACAAGGGGGCGAGCCGGGUGCUGCGGCAGGGCUCCGUGGCGGCCGUCGAAGCGAGGCGAGUGUACCGCCUGCCGCUGUCCGCCCUCCAUCACCACCGGGACUCACUCCCCGAGUACCCCCCAGGGCUGGACCACAUCACGGCUCAGUCCGUCAACCGGCGGCUGCGACCUGGCGGUACGGACCCGGGGGCAGGAAGAAAGAACGAGAAUGGGGAGGGCAGCGGCGGCGGCGGCGAUGAUGAUGAUGAUGAGGCGGGCGGUGACGGCGGCGGCGACCAGCGAUAUGUGCAAGCCGCCGCAGCCGCGGCAAUGCAGCACCUGGUCCGGUACGGCACCGCGGUGCUGGUGGCGACCAGCCCCGGCAGCCGCUUGACGGCGCUGCUGGCGGUGGCGUCCGUAUCGGAGGGGCUCAUGCGCAGCGCCGGUCUGACAGUGCUCAUCAGAGUGGACCCACAUGCCUCUCCGGCGGAGCCGCCCACAACCAGUACCAACCCGCGGCAGCCGUCUGCCUCUCAGGCCCCUCGGCCACUGCCACCCAGACGUUACCAGCUACUGCUCGCCCGGAUUGACCCACGGGUCGGUAGGCUGCAGCUGUUGCGGCCUGAUGACUUGGUGGCUCGCCCGGCGAAGGGAUCUGGGCCGGGGUAG